ACAAAAGUGACCUAGAUAAGGGGUACUUAUUGGGUAGUCAUAGUACUGUGUCUAUCAACGGUGUAUCAGAAAGACACUCUUUCCCUGGACUUCCCUCUUUCUCUCUGUUGUCUGUUGCAGCGGAGACAGCCACCAUGCCUACUGAAACACAGAGUGAUGCCCGCUCCUUCCUGAGCGAGGACAUGAUUGCCGAGUUCCAGGCUGCCUUCAACCUGUUCGACAGUGACGGUGGAGGUGACAUCAGCACCAGGGAGUUGGGUCAGGUGAUGAGGAUGUUGGGCCAGAACCCGACCAGAGAGGAGUUGGCCCUGAUCAUCGAGGAGGUCGAUGAGGAUGGUAGCGGCAGCAUCGACUUCGAGGAGUUCUUGGUCAUGAUGGUGAGGCUCCUGAAGGAGGACCAGGCCGGCAAGUCCGAGGAAGAGUUAUCAGAGGUCUUCCGUAUUUUCGACAAAAACGGCGACGGUUUUAUUGACCGUGAGGAGUUAAAUGACAUCUUGGCCGCCACUGGAGAGCCAGUCACAGAGGAGGAAUGUAUGGAGUUAAUGACAGACGCAGACCUAAACAAAGACAACAGGCUUGAUUUUGAUGAAUUUCUGAAAAUGAUGGAGAAUGUACAGUAACAAGACCAACAUUCCUUUGUGACCCUUUCCAUGUGUCACUUCUCCUGCUUGAAGAAAAGAACAACUGUUUCUGAAUGGAAAAAAAUCAAAUACAAAAAUGAAAGCCACAUUUUCUUUUUGAGUCUUCCCGACUACUUACAGUAAAGAGUCUACUCAAAAACACUACAAAUCAAAUCAAAGUUUAUUGAUGGCGUACACAGAUUUGCAGAUGUUAUUGCAGGUGCAAUGAAAUGCUUGUGUUAAUAUCAGUAAUAUCUAGCAAUACAAUAAAAAAUACAGACUAUA